CGGCCGCCCUUUUGACUAUGGCCGACGCUACUCCGUACCUGCAAGAUGGGGUCGGGGCCUGAUCUUUGCCAGGCGAUGGGAUCUCAGGUACAUUCUGCCUAACCUCGGACAUGUAGUCUAAUCGUCAAACUCCUAAUACACUCUGAGAUGGUCGGAGAACUCCUUUGUAAUACUUGAAAAUUUUCGCCGGCUUUCUUCGCCACGUGAAAGAAUUGCCACGCGGACGAGCUGACUUUCACGCCCCGACUUCAUCAUCGCUCCACCUCCGCUGCCCGUUCUCCGCCCCUUCUCUCGACCCUCACUCUCCACCGUCACCUCUUCGACCCCUCGCACUCACUCGACUGCUCGGCAUUACGCACCGAUCGGUUCAGUCACUCGACUUGCCAUCAUUCCAUCUCCCAUAGCCAGGCCUUCCUCCAAAAUGGCCGAGCGGAUCCUCAUGAACGAGUUCCGCACCCUGUCGCGUGAGAAAUGGGUGAACAUCGAGCUGCACAAGGAUGACAUCUUUAAGUGGGACGUUGCCCUGAUUGUGCUCAACGAGGAUUCGGUCUACUACGGCGGCUAUUUCAAGGCCCGAAUGACCUUUCCGAAGAACUACCCCUACGCCCCUCCAGAAUUCCGCUUCCUGCAGCCUCUCUGCCACCCGAACAUCUACAACGAUGGUCGUCUCUGCAUCUCCAUACUCCACCCACCAGGCGAGGAUGAAAUGUCCGGUGAAUCUGCCGCAGAGCGCUGGUCCCCCGCUCAACGCGUCGAGUCCGUCCUAAUCUCCAUCCUGUCGCUCCUCGACGAUGCCGAAUGCUCCUCCCCCGCCAACGUCGACGCAGCCGUGAUGUUUCGCACCAAUCUCACACAAUACCGAUCCAUCGUGAAGGCCCAGGUCGAAGCAUCCAAGGCAAACAGGCCUCCAGGCUUCGUGAUGCCGGUCACUGAGACCGUAACCAUCCCGGAGGUCGAGAAGGAGGAGCCCGAUUUCUGGGCUGAUUCGGACGUCGACAGCGAUGUGUUUGGGGGUAGUGACUCCGACGAAGAUCUUGACAUGGACCAGUUCUCCGGCAGUGAUGAGGACGAGGACGAUGAUGAGCAGCAGGACAUGGACGAGGACUAGGGCCCAGGUGAGCGUCGAUCGCCAACCAUGCUGCUGGCAGCCACCACUUUCGGGCGUGACGUAUCUCUCGCGAACUCUUAGUAUCUUUUUUUUUCUUAGCAUAGCAUAGCAUUUCUGUGGCGCGCAUCGGCAUGGUUCGGGCAUUUCCGCCUAUGUUUUUUUUCAAUUUUCAUCUUUGCAUGUUUAGGUUCGUUUUCCCUCGGUGUCUCUGCAUUUCAUGGGAUAUGAGGUGUUCAGUGGCGCGCUCAUGACAAGAUCUUGUUUCCUAUCCCAACAGACCAAUAUAUUCUUCUCUUUUAUACCUAAGACCAAAAUUGCGAGGGAUUGUUCCAUUUAAACACCCUAAUUUCAAACCAG